CGGCCCGCACCGGGUUCCCCUCUGUGCUCGCCCUGGACACGCCGGAACCCUCUGGCCUGAACACCGGGCCGGCACUGACAUGGCACCCGCGAGCCAAAGCAGGGAGCUUCCGGGAGGCGCACCGUGGUGCUUGCCUUGGCCCAUGGGUGACGCUGCUCUGAGGCAGCUCAGCGGUGCAAACACGUGGGAGCAAACACAUGAAUCGUAGCUGCGGGCAGGAGGAAUAUCAGGUGCAUCUCUAGGCCCCGAGGGCUCAACUCCUCCACUUAAACCCCUCCCACCGGGGCGGCCGCUCAGUUUCACAGAGCAGCCGGCUGAGACAGUCCUGCUCCUGGGCACUGCCCGCCGCCCGCCGCCUCCUGCUCCUGCACUGCACUGCCUGCCUCCGCUCCAGGCCCAGAUGAGCGGCGCUCCCGCGGUCGGGCUGGCAGCACAGCGAGCUGGCUGCCGGUGAGGCGGCAGGAGGGGAGCGGGGAAGCGGCGACGCCCCACCUGUGGGUUCAGCAGCAGCCACCGCGAGCGGGCCCCAGGGAAGACCGGAGCCCCGCCGAGAGAAGAAAAUGAGUCUCCUCAAAGAGCGGAAACCCAAGAAGCCGCACUACAUCCCGAGGCCUCCGGGGAAGCCCUUCAAGUACAAGUGCUUCCAGUGCCCCUUCACCUGCAACGAGAAGUCCCACCUCUUCAACCACAUGAAGUACGGUCUCUGCAAGAACUCCAUCACGCUGGUGUCCGAGCAGGACCGCGUCCCCAAGGGCUCCAAACCCAGCUCCCUGGACCCUAAGCACGCACACCCGCCGGACCCUGCGGUGAAGCCCACCUCCUCCAAGUCUGCCGCACACAGGCUCCCCCACCUGGACGCCAAGCUCCCGCUCAGCCUCGCCAAGGACGACGCCAAGGAAAACGUGGAACUGCAGGUCCACGGGCCCCACAAGGGCGCCGGGCAGAAGCCCUCGCCCCACAAGGAAGCCGCACACCUGGGGCCAGCCCCAGAGGCCGCCCCGGGCACCCAGCCCACCCUGGAGGGCGUCGUGCGGCCGUCGGCCUUUGUCCCCGUGGGAGACCACAGACUCAAAGGGCCCGAGCACGCUGAGGCUCUCGAGCCGCUGGCCCUGCCAGGCCCCACCGCCAAGGCCGCCGCCUUCCAUGCCAAGUCGGCCUUCCACGCCCCUGCCUACCCAUGGAAAGCAGGCUCGCCUUUCCUCCCACCCGAGUUUCCACAUAAAGUCCCACCCACAAAGGGGUUCGGUGCCCUCUCCCCCUACGUGCACCCUACCAUCCCUGAGUACCCCCCUCACUUUUACGCCGAGCACGGACUGGCCACCAUCUACACGCCCUUCCGACUGGCCGGGGACCCGCCGGAGUGUGGCGCCCCCCUGCUGUCCGUCUACGGGGCCCAAGACCAGAGGCACUUCCUGCCCCACCCAGGGCCCAUGCCCAAGCACCUGAACCCCUCUCCCCCGACAUAUGAGCACUACAGGUUCUUCCAGCAGUACCACCCCAACCUGCCGAUUCCUUACGGAUUCUACAGGCCAGAGUCUGCGUUCUCCUCCUACGGUCUCAGACUGCCACUCGUCACCGGGGUUUCACAAGAUCAAAGCUCUCACCUGCUGGAAGAAGCUGGCCUGGCCUACCGGGCCUCAAGUCCGCCCAAGUCAAACCCUUCCGACUCCCACAAAAAACACGCAGAGUUUGACAAAGAGAGCCCGACUCCCGAGGCUGAAGACCCUCCCAAAGACAGGCAGAGGGACACAGAAGCGACCAAGAUGAGCCCGCGUGCGGGCAGCGCGGCCACCGGCUCCCCAGGAAGGCCGAGUCCCACCAACUUCACACAGACCAGCCAGCCAUGUGCUGGACUGGGCAGCCUCUCAGACAAGCCCACCUGCAGUGCCCUGGGAAGGCUCCAGCAGCCCGAACGGAGCCUCACCGCCUUCAAGCCCAUCAUGAAGAGCACAGAGCGCCCCCAUUCCCAAGCUCUGGAAAACAGAGACAACUCCCCAAAAAGCCCCGAAGCGGUGAGCACCGACGCUCCAGCCCAGGCAGGGAGCACCUGCGACAGCGCCCCAUCCAGCCCAGAGGGUGGUUCCGGGGCAGCCCCGCUGAACCUCUCCAAGAAACCGGAGACCAAGCCAGCAGCCACCCACCCCCCCACGUACAAAGACUUUGCAGAGCUGCAGGACAUGCCUCUCAACCUCUCGGUGAAGGACCCCUGCAACGCCCUGACGCCAAGGCCCUCCCCGCACAGCCCGCCACGGGAGCCGGAACCGGCUCCUGCUUCUCAGACGGCUGAGCCAGAAGGUUCUGGAGAUGGGCCGGACCGCACCGAGACCAACCAGAACGGCCCCAGCUCUGACGAGGGUCCAGUGGCCAGCCCCACGGGGGAGGCCCAGGACGCACGGGUGGCGGACAACAGUGACGAGCAGAAGCAGACAGCGGCCGUGGCCCUCUGCCAGCUGGCAGCCUACAGCCCGGGCCCCGUCCGGGUGGGCGACGGGGAAGCCGUGGCCCAGGAGCCCACCUGCCAAUGCGACGCACCCACAGCAGGUGCCUCUGCAGGCCAAGAGCCUCCCAGCGGCCUCAGACCCAAAGCGCAGAAGAGAACGAGCCCACGGGACACAGGGAGGGCCCAGCAGGGGGCCAAGAAGGCGAAGCCGAGCGACACGGCCAGAGUGUUCACGCUCCGGAAGAGGACCCGGCUGUCUUAGCGCCAGCCCGCCCACCCACCCGCUGAGAGCUCGGCCCGGCGCCCCCAAAGGCGGGUCACAGAGCAGCAAGCCUUCAAGGGCACCUUCAUUCUUUUACUGGUCGGCUUUUGCAAGGCAGUUUCUUCUUCUCAAAAA